AGUCUGAGGCCGCAACCAAGAAAACAUCCAUGUCCUUCGUCGACGCUACCUCCUCGUCCCCCACACCUACACCUAUCACAUCCACAUUCGACGACUCGGAACUCUUUCCCCCGCUCACCCACUCCGACAUCUUAGCCUUCCAAUUCUCGUCCUGGUACCCCGCCUUCUCCUCUAUAUCCAUCAAAUCGACUGUCAUAAGGCCUUUGGGAGAGGAGUUUAGGAGGUAUUUGGAUAAGGAUGGGAUAGUGCUGCCGAAAGGGAGUGAAGAUUUGCCCGCAGAAAGCACGAUUGAGGACGAAAGCGAUGGGGAGGACGAGAAUGAGGAGGAAGACGAGGACGCGGAAGAAUUCGCUUUUCCAGAGCUGGACAGGAGGAUUCGGGAGGUCGUGAGGGAAUAUGGCGCUGUGUUUCCUAAACUCAAUUUCUCGUCGCCCAGGGACGCAUCAUGGCUCCUCCCAUCCUCCUCUCCACUCAAAUGCACGUCUCCCGCGGACGUGUACAUGCUCCUCAAAUCUUCGGACUUUGUGACGCACGAUAUAAGCGAGGAGAAUGUGUUCGCUGGAUGCAUUACAAACCCAGCAGCAGCCGAUGAAGUCAAGUAUGAACUCGAGUUGGUCCUGAGGAAGUGGUACGCUGUGGAUCGGAGCCGUGAGUUGCGGUGUUUUGUGCGUGGAGGUGUUUUGUUAGGUAUCUCGCAAAGAGACACAAACCACUACGACUUCUUGAAUGACCCUGCUACACAACGCAAGAUCGUAUCGUCGGUGGCAGACUACUGGGAGAAGAACGUCAAGGCGAAAUGGACCGGCGUGAAUUCCUAUGUAUUCGACGUCCUCCUGACGCGCGACCUCUCUCGAUUUCACAUCCUCGACUUCAACCCUUACGCACCCCGCACAGACACUCUCCUCUUCACAUACGAGGACCUGCACCUCCUUUCCCUUUCCACCGACCCAACGCCAGAGCCUGAACUUCGCGUCAUAGAUUCCAAAUCCCACCCAGCCGCGACCCGGAACGCACCGGCGCAUCAACAUAAUAUGGUGCCCUUUGAGGCGCUGAGUUUGAGUAGUGGGCGGGGAGUCGAGGAUUUUCAGAAAGUUUGGGAGGAAGAGGUUAAGAAGGGUAUGCAGGGUGGUCAGGACGGCGAGGACGACGGGGAUAAAUAAGGUUAAGAGUUGUGGUUCGUGGUUCGUGGACCGUGGUUGAAAGUGAUGCACGAGUGUAUUAGCGUCGAGACAAUCAAACC